CGAAGACAGCCAAAAUUGCGCACGGGAACGUCCGUGCGCUCGCCUUUAGAAUCAGUGUCUCGAGCUGUGUAGGUCAGCCGGCAGCCCUACAGAGAUCUUCAAGACGAUUUAGCAGUGAAUUUGACAGGCAGGUCUUCGGGCGCAAUGGCCACUGCUACACAGUCGGCCGCAGCAGCUGGGCCCAUAUCCGCCGGAGUGUCCAGCGGUGCUCCGAUGGACGUGGAGGUCCACUAUGGGGAUCUGCCACAGGAUAUGAUCAACGAACUUCGAGACGCCGCCACCAAGGCCAUGAAGGAGUCCAAAGAUUGGGCGGACAUCGCAACGAGCGUCAAGACUUUCUUCGAGGCCAAGUAUGGGCCCACCUGGUUUUGCGUCGUCGGCAAGGACUUCGGAAUCACGGGCACCUGCGAAAUGAACCGGGGAGGGUUCGUCUCUAUUUCGGGAAUCGCCGUCGGCAUUUUUAAGUUCAAGUGA